AGUUGUUAUUAUAGAAAGAUAAUCAUAUGGUGAAUUCGCUUACGAGUUGCUGCUGUGGUUGCUCUCUGAAGACCGGUGUGAAAACACUCGCAAUAAUCGACAUUCUCCUCGGAGUUUCCACUAUCAUUUCCCUCACAUCUAUCAGCCAAGUCGAGACUCAUCAGCAUUCAACUUGGACCUAUAUGGGCGUCGAGUAUUCCUCCGACACUCCUCUUGAUCUCCCUAAGCUUGAUCACGUCAUCAACGUUCUUAAUUCCAUCGGCAACGUGACAGUUCUCCUGUUCUUCGUGUCUGCUAUAGUGGCAUUACGAGGAGUCUCCAAGGGAAAGUCAAGACUAGUUCGCCAGUAUGCCAUGAUCCGCGCUAUGGAAGUGGCUCUGUCAAUCGCCCUCUCUAUCUGGUUGCUUGUGAUUAUUCCCCGUCUAGCACGGGAGUUCAUUGACGCUGUCCUUGAACAGAUGCGAGAGGAGGCCAAAAAACACCACGAGGAUCCUCCAGAAGUUGACGAGGAGGCGCUCAUUAAGAUCGUAACAUUCGUCCUCUCCACGGUGUUCAUCAUCAUGGAAAUUUUUGGGGUUCUCCUGAAGCUGUAUUUUGUAUGGGUUGUCAAGAGCUGUGCUGAUUGGAUGGAGCGCGGUGUGGAUCCUUAUGCGCCUAUCUAUCUGGUAACUGAGCCGAGCACUAACCGCAAUGCUUAUCAGCCAGCUAACGUCAUCCUCGGGCCUCCCGUAGCGGCGCCUGCGAGUGAUCAGCCAACGGCGUCGUUGUUGGUCUCAGAGGGACCACAGAACCCUUCGGCACCUGUUCUGUUGGGAGAAAAUCAACCAGGGAGUGUUGCAGGUACACACAAUCAAGCAGUUAGUGGUGAUGCGUAUCCCCGUAUUUGAGUAUUGAUAUUAUUUCGUUCUGACAAGUUGGCGAUAUGGUUUAUCGCUAUUCCAUAUCAUUAGUUGAUGUAAUCACUAGAGGCUUGUAAGCCACUUUUAUUAAU